AGACACAGAUGUUUCGUUAAGUGUGUACGUGAUUCUGUGCUCUCAGUUGGUUGAGAGUUUUUACGCCGACAGAUUCACAUUCGCUGCCAUUUUUUAACCGUAAAUUUUGUUGCUCGUUAGCCUUACGAGGCGUAGGGCGGGUCAUUAAUGCAAUCAAAAAAUCUCGUCAUUUAACAAUCUGCCAUAAUUUUGAAACUAGCCAUAAAUCCUUUGUGUACGACGGUUUCCCGUUGAAAAGCAUCAACAUGCAUAUCAUCACCUGUGUACCAGUACUUUUCCUUCUUAUGCAAUCAAAUGCUGUUUUUGGUGAAGUGUUUACUGCCUUGGCGGACAUGGAGGGUCUCGUAUCAACUGAGUUGGAACUUGUAAGACACCUUGAUAACUACAUCCAAGCUGAAGAGAUCAGGUUAAAGCGCCUGAGAGGAUAUCUUGAAGAUUAUGAAAGCAUGUAUCAGGAGGCCAGUGCUGAUGUGUCAAAGUACUUGGCCAACCCUAUCAAUGCCUAUUUGCUUGUUAAACGCCUGACCUCUGAUUGGAAGCAGGUAGAAGGAGUCAUGACCCAAAAUGUUGGCCCUGCCUUCAUUCAAAACAUUACUCAACAUCGUAGUGUGUUGCGCUUCCCAUCUGAUGAGGACUUGAAUGGAGCAGCAGCAGCCCUGAUGAGACUCCAAGACACUUACAAGCUGGAUACCCAUGCUUUGGCCGAAGGAAAGCUGCUGGGGAAGAAAUAUUCUCGUCAGCUAACCGCUGGUGAUUGUUGGGAACUUGGUCGGCAGUCUUACAACAACGGCGAUCACUACCACACUGUUUUGUGGAUGGGAGAGGCUUUGAACAAGUUUGAAAGUGAGUCAAACAAGACUGUCACUCGUCAAGAUAUUCUCGAAUAUUUGGCUUUUUCAACAUUUAAACAAGGAAACGUCAAGGAAGCUCUUCAAUUGACUCAUGAACUUCUCAAGCUUGUUCCGUUCCACCAACGCGCACUCGGCAACAAAAAGUACUACGAAGAUCUCCUUCGUCAGCAGGGAGUCAUUCAGCGACGUGGAGAGACUGGAGAUGAGGAUAACGUGGUCAUGGAUGAACCGUUCAACACUGCCAACUUGAAGCUAACAAAACCCAGUGACCAACUACCUGAACGAGAGAACUAUGAAAAGCUGUGCAGAGGUGAAAAGUUGAUGGAUCCUAAAAUCGAAGGCCGUCUUCGCUGCCGUUAUGUAACCAACAAUGUGCCCUACUUAUACAUUCAACCCGUUAAGAUGGAGGAGGCUUUCCAUAAACCUCUUAUCGUCAUUUACCACAAUGUUAUUAACGAUGACGAGAUCGAAACCGUGAAAAAGAUGGCUCAACCAAGGUUUAAGCGAGCAACUGUACAGAACAGUGUAACUGGUAACCUCGAGCCAGCUAACUACCGUAUUUCAAAAUCCGCCUGGUUGAAAAGCGAAGAACACGAUCAUGUUUUCAAGGUGACCCGUCGUGUUGGUGAUGUAACCGGACUCGAUAUGGCCACAGCUGAAGAUCUCCAAGUAGUCAAUUACGGCAUUGGUGGGCAUUACGAGCCUCAUUUUGAUUACGCUAGGCCUUCGGAGGUUAAGGCCUUCCAAGGACUCGGCACUGGCAAUCGCAUCGCGACCUGGCUGAUGUAUAUGAGCGAAGUCGAGGCCGGUGGCGCAACUGUCUUCCCCAAACUUAACCUGGCUCUGUGGCCACAGAAAGGAAGUGCUGCCUUUUGGUACAAUUUGCAUCCCAAUGGUGAGGGUAACGAGUUGACUCGCCAUGCCGCUUGUCCCGUCCUUACUGGAUCCAAAUGGGUAUCUAACAAAUGGAUUCACGAACGAAAUCAAGAAUUCCGUCACCCAUGCGGUUUGAGAUACGACACCGACAUGUAAUGAACUAGUAAAAAAAAAAUUCUUCAGCAAUCUCAAGUCUUUCUUCUACUCACUGUUCUUCUCUGCCGCGACAUAACCUUAUCUCUACUUGAAAUUGAAAGCUCGCGAAACCAAAUUUUUUCUUUUAUUCCUAUAUUUACGAUUAUUGGUUUCACGUUUUCCUAUGUUGCGCUCUUCUUGAUUGUCGGCAUCAUCUCUAAUUCUGAUAAAUGACCAACGUUCGUUGAUGGGGGUCCUUUUUUUCUCCAUGAAAAUUUCUGCGGGAUCGGAUCAUAUUUUUGUUCAUUUUUUUUGUCUAUCCACAAGUGUCUAAUACAGUGUGCCAUGUCAAACGCG